UAUGAAUGCUAUAAUGUUCCUCUGCUUUCUGUCUCUGUGUGCUCAGCUUAGUCAGACUAACAGCCUAUUCCACUCUCAAAUGUCUUAGCAAGUGCUGGGUCUCUACAGAGUGCAUGGGAAUGCCCCUGUCCUCAGAGAUGCGUGAAUCCUUGCAUGAAGGCUCAUGUGUUGCAUGUACAUCUCAGGGGCAGAAGGGGCUUGCAUGUGGGUGUAUGCUUCUGGCCCAAGAGCUGCAGCAGAAAAUCACCGAGAUAUUGGUGUGAAUUUCCUCUUUCUUUCCUUCUUGGUUGUCUCACUCCUCUCUCCUGAUUUACUGCUUGUGCUCACGUGGCCUUGGAAAGGGGGGUUCUCAAACUGUUUUGCUUCCAAAAGGAAAAGAAGCUGGCAGGCGUUCAUAUUUCAGUUCUGGAGUUAUGUAGGUUAAAGUCUCCCAGUGGGAACACGGAAGAUAUGAGAGAGCAGAUUGCUGGAAGGAAAGCAGAAAAAAGGAGCACAUCAUUCUAGAGCCACAUCCAGAAGAAUGUGAGGUUUGAAAGGUGAGCAAUGUGAUAAAGAAGUGCUGCUAGCACAUGAAUUGCCUGCAGAACCUUCCUUUCCACCACCACCACCAUGCAGAGCAACUACUCCGUGGUCAUCACCACCAAAGAAACUCUCCAAGUCCUCUAUACAGCAACGACAAACUCAUCGCCUGUGUUCCACUUGCCCCCUCCCUGCCCACUUACCUCUUCAGAUUAUCAGUUUUCACUAAUUCCAGCACUCUUCUCUGUGGUUUUUGUUCUGGGGUUGGUUGGAAACAGCGUGGUUGUUGUGGUGCUUUGUCAUAACAGUGGCCCCAAAACAGUCGCUAACACCUACAUUUUCAACCUGGCCAUGGCGGAUUUGCUGUGCCUCGCCACCCUUCCCUUCUGGGCUGCCUACUAUGCACAGGGCUACAACUGGCUCUUUGGGUCUCUCAUGUGCAAAAUCUCCAGUUCUGUCCUGUGCUUGAACAUGUUUGCAAGCAUAUUUUUCAUUACAUGCAUGAGCAUGGACCGGUACCAUGCUAUUGUCCAUCCUAUUCGCUCUCAAAGAAGAACUCCACAGCAAGCUUAUUUGAUAGCACUGGUUGUGUGGGGCCUUGCCUGUUUGGCCUCCCUCCCAACUUUUUAUUUCCGUGACACUGACUACAUUGAAAGCUUGGGGGUCAGUGCUUGCAUUAUGGCCUUUCCUCAUGAGAGUUAUGCAAAAUGGUCUGUGGCAACAGCCUUCCUGAAGAACGCACUCGGCUUCUUCAUCCCCUUGACAGUGAUCACCACGUGCUACGUCUGGAUCAGGAAGCACUUGCUCAAAGCACAGGAGUUUGGGAAAAGCAAGCAGAAGAGGGACAAAGUCCUAAAGCUGGUGGCUGCUGUUGUCAUGGCCUUCUUGAUUUCCUGGCUCCCAUUCCACAUUUUAACCUUUUUGGAUGCCUUAGCUCAUAUGAACAUCAUUAACAGCUGUGCUGUGACGGGGAUCAUUGACACAGCGCUGCCCUUUGCCAUCUGCAUGGCAUUUGCCAACAGCUGCAUCAACCCUUUGCUCUACUGCUUUAUUGGCAACCAGUUCCAGGAGAAGCUCCAUCGCUUGUUUAAGCGACGAGUUUAUCAGUUCAACAGCCACCAAGAGAGCUCUUCUUUGAGGAAAGGGAGCUGCUUCAGAGACACUGAGACCCCUGUGGGCAGGGAAUGGGGACCUGAGUCCUUGCUGUAGGCACUGAGGCAUGAUGUGGGACGAUGGCAAUGCAGCUGGCUGGCACUGCAGUGGUGACACUCUCUCCUGUUCCCUUUGUUUUGUGCCCAGUCACUCAUCAGCUGUCUGAAGGAGAAUCCGUUUUUCUCAUAACUGAGGAUUUGUUCUUCUGUCUUUUCCAUGGUGAGCGCUCAGGUUUUAAUCAGAUGGAAGAUUCUGGCAAAUAAAUGUAUUGGUAUAAUUUUAAAUAUCAGCUUGUUUAUGGCUGACAACUGGUGAGUGUUCAGUGGAAAAACAAAAUAUACCAAAGGGCCACUGCACAACAGCUACAGCUGCAUAGGUGCUGACUAUUACACCCUGAGCUGAUUUUCUAGAAGAGAUUCUCACUAGAGCGUGUAUAAAUAAAGCAGUGCAGGCACUUCUGUACCUAGCUGUAAGAACAUGUUUUGA